UCGAAGUCCCUCGCCCGCCCCCCCACCCGAGAGGACGCCGCCUUGAGACUCCGGGGUCGCGAACUCCGUGAAGAGCCCCAGCGCUGGGCCGUCCGGGGGUCGCUGUUGUCGGGGGUCCUGGAGGCGCGGGGGGGCGGCGGGGGGCGGGCGACCCUCUCCCAUGGGCUUACAGCAUGCCGGUCCGGCGGGGGCACGUGGCCCCCCAGAACACCUUCCUGGACACCAUCAUCCGCAAAUUUGAGGGCCAAAGCCGGAAGUUCAUCAUCGCCAACGCCCGUGUAGAGAACUGUGCCAUCAUCUACUGCAACGAUGGGUUUUGUGAUCUCUGUGGCUACACCCGGGCCGAGGUCAUGCAGAAGCCAUGCACCUGCGACUUCCUGUAUGGGCCUCGAACCCAGACCAGCGCCACAGCUCAGAUCACCCAGGCCCUGCUGGGCUCCGAGGAGCGGAAGGUGGAGAUUUGCUUCUAUCGGAAGGACGGCAGCUGCUUUCUGUGCCUGGUGGAUGUGGUCCCGGUGAAGAAUGAGGACGGAGCCGUCAUCAUGUUCAUCCUCAACUUCGAGGUGGUGGUGGAUCGGGCCCUACUGACCAGCUCGGCCAAGAACACCAACCACUGGGUGUCUCCAGCUGCCUGGUUGCCCACAGGUCGUGGCAAAUCCUUCCGGCUGAAGCUGCCGGCACUGCUGGCCCUGGCUGGGAGUAAGCAGUCCCUGCCGCGAGACGAUCCAGAUGAAGCCGUGGUGGUGGACCUGUCCAAGCCGAGCAGUGAGUCCAUGGCUCUGGAUGAGGUUACCUCCUCCCUGGACCACGCCUGCCUGGGCUGCGAGGAAGAGGAGGAGCCAGAGCCGGAGGAUCGGCGUGCCUUGAUGGAGCGCCGGGGGGAUGGCGGUAUGGACCCCCCGGUCACGCAGUCCUCGCCCCGGACGGACAAGGCCACCCUCCUCCACCUUGAGGCUUCCUUUUCCAACUGCAGCCUGACCCGCAGCCGCUCGCGCGAGAGCUUCUACAGCGUGCGCCGGGCAUCUUCGGUAGAUGACAUUGAAGCCAUGAAAGGCGAAGGGGAGAAAGGCUGGGCCCACAGCCGGCACGCCAGCACAGCAGGGGCUGUGAACAACGCGCGGAGUCACCUUCUCAACUCCACCUCCGAUUCGGACCUCAUGCGUUACCGGGCGAUAAGCAAGAUACCUCAAAUCACCCUCAACUUUGUGGACUUCAAAGCCGAGGCCUUCCUGACCUCGCCCUCCAGUGAGAAGGAGAUCAUUGCUCCCAGCAAGCUGAAGGACCGCACCCACAAUGUCACUGAGAAGGUCACCCAGGUGCUGUCGCUGGGCGCCGAUGUCCUCCCCGAAUACAAGCUGCAGGCCCCCCGCAUCCAUAAGUGGACCAUUCUGCACUACAGCCCCUUCAAGGCGGUCUGGGAUUGGCUGAUCCUGUUGUUGGUCAUCUAUACGGCCAUCUUCACCCCGUACUCAGCGGCCUUCCUGCUGAACAACAAGGAGGGGCGGGACCACCUCCAAGUAGCCUGCAGCUACUCCUGCAGCCCCCUCAAUGUGGUGGACCUGAUCGUCGACAUCAUGUUCAUCAUCGACAUCUUGAUCAACUUCCGCACCACCUACGUCAAUACCAACGAGGAGGUGGUCAGCCACCCAGCCAAGAUCGCCAUCCACUACUUCAAGGGCUGGUUCCUGAUCGACAUGGUGGCGGCCAUCCCCUUUGACCUGCUCAUCUUUGGCUCCGGCUCGGAGGAGACCACUACCCUGAUUGGGCUGCUGAAGACAGCGCGGCUGCUGCGCCUGGUGCGCGUGGCCCGCAAGCUGGACCGCUACUCGGAAUACGGCGCGGCGGUGCUCUUCCUGCUGAUGUGCACCUUCGCCUUGAUCGCGCACUGGCUGGCCUGCAUCUGGUACGCCAUCGGAAACAUGGAGGGCAAGACCAUCGGCUGGCUGCACUCGCUGGGCGGGCAGAUCGGCAAGCCCUUCAAUGACAGCACGCCGCACCUUGGCCCCAGCAUCAAGGACAAGUACAUCACCGCUCUCUACUUCACCUUCAGCAGCCUCACCAGUGUUGGCUUCGGCAACGUGUCGCCCAACACAAACCCCGAAAAGAUUUUCUCCAUCUGCGUCAUGCUGAUCGGCUCACUGAUGUAUGCCAGCAUCUUUGGGAAUGUGUCGGCCAUCAUCCAGCGGCUGUAUUCUGGCACCGCACGUUACCACACCCAGAUGCUGCGGGUGCGAGAGUUCAUCCGCUUCCACCAAAUCCCCAACCCCUUACGCCAGCGCCUAGAAGAAUAUUUCCAACAUGCCUGGUCUUACACCAACGGCAUCGACAUGAAUGCGGUGCUGAAGGGAUUCCCCGAGUGCCUGCAAGCCGACAUCUGCCUGCACCUGAACCGCACCCUGCUGCAGAACUGCCGUCCCUUCCGGGGCGCCAGUAAGGGCUGCCUGCGCGCCUUGGCCAUGAAGUUCAAGACCACCCAUGCCCCGCCCGGGGACACCCUGGUGCAUGCAGGGGACGUCCUCACUGCCCUCUACUUCAUCUCCCGUGGCUCCAUCGAGAUCCUCCGGGGGGACGUGGUGGUGGCCAUCCUAGGGAAGAAUGAUAUUUUUGGGGAGCCGCUCAACCUCUAUGCGCGGCCCGGCAAGUCCAACGCGGACGUGCGAGCCCUGACAUACUGCGACCUGCACAAGAUCCACCGAGAAGAUCUCCUGGAGGUGCUGGACAUGUACCCGGAGUUCUCCGACCAUUUCUGGUCCAACCUGGAGAUCACGUUCAACCUGCGAGAUACGAACAUGAUCCCGGGUUCGCCAGGCAGUGAUGAGAUGAACGAGGGCUUCAACCGGCUACGGCGGCGCAAACUCUCCUUCCGACGGCGCACUGAGAAAGAUGAGCACCUGGGGGAAUCAAGGUCCCAGCCCAAGGCUCUGCACCUGGGCCAGAACUGUCAGGCACCCGCCGCCCCCAGGUGGGAGCCCUGCCUCAACAGUUCAGCCACAUCCAGUCCCACCUCCAGUGACGAGGAGGAGACCCCUGUCCCCAUCUCCAGGGUCACGGAGUUAUCGCCUUUCCACACAACUAUGGGGCCCCUGGCCGUGCCUCCCUCCGCAGCCCACCCUGAGGAGCAGAGCAGCGACUCCUGCAACCCACUCUCCGGAGCCUUUUCAGGCGUGUCAAAUAUCUUCAGCUUCUGGAGCGAGAGCCGAGAACGGCAAUACCAGGAGCUGCCCCGCUGCCCCACUCCUGCCCACCCCACCCUCAACCUCCACCUGGCUGGCAACAGCAGCCUUCCCUCCAGCAGGCGGCAUCGUGCUGAGCUGGAAGGCCGUCUGGACCUGCUCCAGAAGCAGCUCAACAGGCUGGAAAACCGCCUGACCACGGAUGUGGCCUCCAUCUUGCAGCUGCUACAGCGCCAAGCUAUUCUGGUGCCUCCUGCCUAUAGCACUGUCUCCUCUCCGCAGCCCCCACCAAACACUGAUCCCUCCUCGGGGGAGCACCCCCUGGUUCUCCCCCCCAUCCUGGCCCAGUCGCUCUGCACCCAGACACAGAUGCCUCAUUUUCCGGCUCCCCGAGUGGACGCCACCGAAUCCAGUGAUGAGGUGGUAUUGCUGGUGGAGCCACCCUGCAUGGCCCCGCGGCGCCUUUCGCUCCCGGGACAGCUGGCCAAUGCGGGGGGCCCAGACUUGCCUCCUGAUUUGCACAGACACUGCUCGGACCCCGGCAGUUAAUGGAUUCUGGACCUAGGCCCAGACGAGGGUCUCUUCACGACGGGGAGCAGACAGUGGACAAGGAUUGCCAGGAGCCCGCGCAGCCCACCUGAGGGGUGGCUGCCUGGCAUGGCCGAGCAGGGCUAGCCACUCUCCCACAAUGACGUUAGCUGGCCUAACAGAUGGGCAGAUCCCGGAAGAUGUCCGGGGGACUGGUGGGAGGGCUGCAGGAACUGUGGAUGACGAUGUCGUGCAGGACACGAGGAUGACGUAAGCAGAGCCGACGGGACACUGAACUUUGUAGUGUACCAUUCUUCAUGGGUUCCGGGGUUUCCAUCAACCCGGGUGGCUGAGCUGGGAGUCCAGGAGGAAAAGGACGCUCCUCGGGAGGCCCACCUGAGGUGGGCAGUGGGACACCUCCCCGUUUCCUUCUGGGGAGUCUUUGUGAUACUUGAAGGAGGGCCCACAUACCCCGCUUUCUUUUUUGAGAGACCGUCUCCCCUCCAGGACUUUCAUAAUCCCCCCUUGCUUCACCAAAGCGAUUUUUCUGUUGUGAGGGGAGGCUCCAGCUGAGCAAUAAUUCAGAGCCCCUUGAGUCCACGGAGAGGGGGAGCCGUUGGGGAUUGGAGCAGCCCAUGUGGGAGAGCGAAGAUCGUGAGGAUUGUGGAUGGGCAGGUGUGGGUCAUUUACUGCUGGAUCACUCCAGGAGUGGUAUUCACUUAUCUUCGCUAUCAGUUCGCCCGAACUGGAUAGAACCAGCUGAAUGCCACCACUGGCUCACUUCCCCCCCCCUUCACUUAGAAUCCAGGCUGUGUUCACAGCCCCUCCCCAUUCCAGGUGGGGCUGCAGGCAGGGCAUCUCUCCCCAUCUCUGUAAGGGGGUGCAUUCUCUGCAUGCGUGCACCCUACUUUCUCAGCCACUCCCAAACGUUCCCACUGAUGGAAAAACAGGGUGCAAGGGGACACGGUGGAGAAUGGGGAGGUUCCCAUGUCCCACCGAAUAGGUACCCCCCUUCCCCCUUAAAGCAGCAGCCACCUGGAUGCAACCGCCUUCCUGUCCCUCCCCACUUCCUGGCCUCAUUUGGUAGCGGGAGGGUAGGUUCCAUCAAAGGGGAGCCGACAUCUCCCCGCCCCCACCCUGCAGGUCUCCAGAUGCCCCCACCUUCCCCGCUUGCCCCACAUACCUGAAUGACGCACGCAACAUUUCCCCCCUCCCCUGCAUGCUGUCCUCGGCAGUAGCAACAGAUGCCCAAUAAAUAUGGA